AAAGCCUUUUUUAAGAAGUGGGCUCAUGCGGUGAAAAUAAAACUCAUGUAUGGGAAUUAAAUGCACCAGGGAUUCUCAGACUUUAGUGUGCGUCUGAGUCACCCGGAGGACUUGUCAACAGAUUUCUGGGCCCCACCUCAGAGUUUCUGAUUCAGUAGGUCUGGAGUGAGGACUCAAGAACUCGAAUUUCUCACAAGUUCCGAGGGGAUGCUGCAGGCCCAGGGACCACAGUUUGAGAACUACUGACCUACACCUACUUGUGGAAGGAAAGAAAAAUAGAUCCAAUUUGCUGCGUGGAGAAUGGAUUGAAAAGGAGAACGUGGGAGACCAUGUAGGAAACUGUUGCGGAAGCCCAGAGUAGGGUCUGCCUCCAGCGCCCCGAGGGUCCAGCACCUGAUGUCCAGGGCCCUUCCCCAGCCUUCUCCCCUCCCAACCCUCCACCAUCCAACAACUAAAGCUGUGAUGCCUGCCCUCACCACAGUCCGCACACCGGCGCCAGGGCAUUCCUUUGGAAAUUACAGAGGAUAACAACAUGGAGAUGAAGCCGCAGGAUGGUCGAAGGAGUCCCCCCCACAGGGAGGUGCCCCCAGUCGUGGGGCUGCUGCUGGCCAUGGCUGUCAUGAACGCGCUCCUCUACCUCUGCCUCGAUCGCUUCUUCAUCGCCCCCCGGCGUUCCGCCCUGGACCCCCGGCACUGUCCCUAUGGUCACUUCAGAAUGGGACAGAUGAACAACUGCUCAGCAUGGCUGUCCUGUGAGGAGCUGAGGACAGAAGUGAGGCAGCUGAAGCGUGUUGGGGAAGGAGCCGUGAAGAGAGUCUUUCUGUCCGAGUGGAAGGAACGCAAAGUCGCUCUCUCACGGCUCACCAGUCUGGAGAUGAAAGACGAUUUCCUCCACGGACUGCAGAUGCUAAAAUCUCUGCAGAGCAAACAUGUCGUCACGCUGCUUGGCUUCUGUGAAGAUGACAACACUAUUCUCACCGAGUAUCACCCCUUAGGGUCCUUGAGCAGCCUGGAAGCGACGCUCAACCUUUCCAAGUACCAAGCCGUGAACACCUGGCAGCAGCGGCUGCAGCUGGCCAUGGACUACGUGGGCAUCAUCCACUACCUGCACCACAGCCCCCUGGGCACGCGGGUCAUGUGCGACUCCAACGACCUGCCCAAGACGCUGUCCCAGUACCUGCUGACCAGUAACUUCAGCAUCGUGGUGAACGACCUGGACGCGCUGCCCCUGGUGAACCGCAGCGCCGGGGCGCUGGUGAAGUGCGGCCACAGGGAGCUUCACGGGGAUUUCGUGGCUCCGGAGCAGCUGUGGCCCUAUGGAGAGGACGUGCCUUUUCGCGACGAUCUCAUGCCCUCGUACGACGAGAAGAUCGACAUCUGGAAGAUUCCCGACGUCUCCAGUUUCCUUUUGGGACACGUUGAAGGGAGCGACAUGGUCCGAUUCCAUUUGUUCGAUAUCCACAAGGCCUGUAAGAGCCAGACUCCUGCAGAGAGGCCCACCGCGCAGGCCAUUCUGGACACUUACCAGAAGGUUCUGAAUUCACUCAGAGACACCGUGACGUCUCAGACCAGAGAAAUGCUAUGAAGACUAGUCCGGUCAGUGAGGGGUGCGAGUUAAGGAACAGCAGUUCUGCUCUGACAGUGAGCUUGCUGCUGUUCAGCCAGGUGGCUCCUCCUCUGGACCCACGUGCACAUGUGAGCGGCUGCCUCUGCUGGCCACCGGGGCGGAAAUUGCUAAGCCAGAGCAACCGACGUGAUCUAAGUCUGGCUUCCCUUCUAACGUUGACCGCUCCCAGGAGAAGAUGCAGAGAAGCCGUGAAUCUGACCUGUAUCUGAAGGAAGUAACUACAGAAAGAUGUAGCUGGAAAGAGCCUUUCCCUGACCUAAUAACUGAGUUUGUAAGCUUGUAAGAAAGGUAGAUAGAGACGAUUUUUAAAUGGCAGUAUAUGAAAGAAGCAUAGAGUAGUUCUCCAAGGAAUUUUCUUUCCUCUGUUUUGGGUGGUAAUCAACAUACCAGGUCCUGGGAGUAUCCCUGGUCUGCUUCACUUUGUAUGGGUGGGGCCACCCUUACUGUUUUAAGUGAUUGCUCUGUGAAGCUCCAGUGCCAUCCUUCCUAGGAGCUUAAGGAGAACUAUGAUGGCAUGCUCUUUGAAAUUUGUUUUUUAAUAUAUUUUUACUAGAGGCCCGGUGCACGAGUUUGUGUACAGGUGGGAUCUUGCCAGCCAGCCCCAAACGGGGUAGGUGCGGCCGAUUGGGGGUGGGACCAGGGGGAGGGGUCAUGGGCGGUUGGCUGGUUGGCCCCGCCCCCUGUUCAAACUUCUGGUUGAAUGCCCAUCGAGGGGACAAUUUGCAUAUUAGCCUUUUAUUAUAUAGGAUUGAUUUCAAAGAGAGAGAAACAUCA